AUGGAGUCUCAAUGGCCGGAGCCCUCAUUUGUGAGCGACGAGUUCAAAGAUGUCUUCCAAUUUGCCCAGACCUUUGAAUUGCAUUGCGCGAAAGUAUACGACCAUGCUGCGAAGCAUCCUGAUGGAGCCGCCUCCGCGACAUACGUGAUGGAUCUUGUCUCACAGGCCUAUCGGGCGGUUCACAGCUUGCAUAUGCAGAAAAUGGCAACGUGGUAUCUGGACCAAGACACAGCAACUGCGUCGCUCCAGAGCAAGGCUAUCGAGUACCGUGAGACACAGAAAUUACUACCCUCUGGUCAUGCCGAGGUCGUUGCAUCUACUGAGGAUAUCGAUGAAGACCAGAGCGAAGACACUGUCAGAAAAGAUAUUGAGAGCUUCUUCAGCCGUGAUUUCGAAGAUGAAUCAGACGACUCGGAUUGGGAUGAAUCGUCCGACGAAGAUUCUGAUGAUGAAUACUUCGAAUACAACGAGGAGUCCGAAGAAGAAGACGAAAACAUCCGUGGCAUACGGCGAAUGCAACGAGUGAGGACUAUCCAAGAACUCCCAGAAGACGACCUGCCGGAGAUGAAUCAAUCUCCGCCGAUCAAUAUUGCGGCAUCGAAGAAUGCGGAUACAACAGACGACGCCACUUUCACACCCCCAGUCAUGUCACCAGAGGAACAAGCCGCCCAUGAUCGCAUUACGGCUGCACUUCAGCGAAUCUCUGCAAAGUUCGAAGACGCAGACCCCGUGCCGCUGGCGCGCGUCCAGACUCGUACAAAAAUGCCUCUGCAACAUACUCCACCUCCAACAGACGACUCUCAAAGUGAAGCAACCACGAUACGAGAGGAGUCAACCCGUGAUCCUUUGUCACCUCCCCAGACGGCGACCGAAAGGGAAUCGUCGGCACCCGGGAUGACAAGUACCGCACCAGUGGCCCCAGCGCUAGAGCGAAAGGCCAGCUAUGAUGGAACUGGUGUGAUCGUCGUGCAAGGCAGUCUCAGUCGGCGAGCGUCUGUUGCUGUACUUCCUCGGCGGAUCAAGACCGUUUGCCAUAGAUAUGUUCGCAGAGCUAUGUUGCCUAUCCGUGGAAAGGCUCAUUGA